CCUGGAGGCGGCACCAGGAAGCACCCGCCCCGGCCGGAGCCGCCAUGUAACCGGCGCCGCCCGGAGCCCCAGCCGUGCGGGCCCCAGAGACCCGCCCGCCAUGGGAGACGAAGAUGAGGACGAGGGCUGCGCCGUGGAGUUGCAGAUCACCGAAGCCAAUCUGACUGGGCAUGAGGAGAAGGUGAGCGUGGAGAACUUCGCGCUGCUCAAGGUGCUGGGCACGGGAGCCUAUGGGAAGGUGUUCCUGGUGCGGAAGGCGGGUGGGCACGAUGCGGGCAAGCUCUAUGCCAUGAAGGUGCUUCGCAAGGCAGCGUUGGUGCAGCGCGCCAAGACACAGGAGCAUACCCGCACCGAACGCUCGGUGCUGGAGCUGGUGCGCCAGGCACCCUUCCUGGUUACACUGCACUACGCCUUCCAGACGGAUGCCAAGCUGCACCUCAUCCUGGACUAUGUGAGCGGUGGUGAAAUGUUCACUCACCUCUACCAGCGCCAAUACUUCAAGGAGGCUGAGGUGCGAGUGUACGGGGGUGAGAUCGUGCUGGCCCUGGAACACCUGCACAAGCUGGGCAUCAUCUACCGUGACCUGAAGCUAGAGAAUGUCUUGCUUGACUCAGAAGGUCACAUCGUCCUCACAGACUUUGGGCUGAGCAAGGAGUUUCUGACAGAGGAGAAAGAGCGGACCUUCUCCUUCUGUGGCACAAUCGAGUACAUGGCCCCCGAAAUCAUCCGAAGCAAGGCUGGACAUGGCAAGGCUGUGGACUGGUGGAGCCUGGGUAUCCUGCUCUUCGAGCUGCUGACAGGGGCCUCGCCCUUCACACUGGAGGGAGAGAAGAACACUCAGGCCGAGGUGUCUCGACGGAUCUUGAAGUGCUCCCCUCCCUUCCCCCUCCGGAUCGGACCUGUGGCACAGGACCUGCUACAGAGGCUGCUGUGCAAAGACCCUAAGAAGAGGUUGGGUGCGGGUCCCCAGGGUGCGCAGGAAGUCAAGAGCCACCCCUUUUUUCAGGGUCUGGAUUGGGCUGCUUUGGCUGCCAGAAAGAUCCCAGCCCCGUUCCGGCCCCAGAUUCGCUCAGAGCUGGACGUGGGUAAUUUUGCAGAGGAAUUCACUCGGCUGGAGCCUGUCUACUCCCCUGCUGGCAGCCCUCCACCUGGGGACUCUAGGAUCUUUCAGGGAUACUCCUUUGUGGCCCCGUCCAUCCUCUUCGACCACAACAAUGCAGUGAUGACAGAUGUGCUGGAGGCACCUGGUGCUGGACACAGGCCUGGCAGGGCAGCAGUUGCCAGGAGUGCCAUGAUGCAGGACUCGCCCUUCUUCCAGCAGUAUGAGUUGGACCUUCGGGAGCCUGCUUUGGGUCAGGGCAGCUUCUCUGUGUGUCGGCGAUGUCGCCAGCGACAGAGCGGCCAGGAAUUCGCUGUCAAGAUCCUCAGCCGCAGGCUGGAGGAGAACACACAGCGUGAGGUGGCUGCCCUUCGCCUGUGCCAGUCACACCCUAACGUGGUGAAUUUACAUGAGGUGCUUCAUGACCAGUUGCACACAUACCUGGUCCUGGAGUUGCUGCGAGGAGGGGAGCUGCUGGAGCGCAUCCGAAAGAAGCGGCUCUUCAGCGAAUCGGAGGCCAGCCAGAUCCUGCGCAGCCUGGUGUCGGCCGUGAGCUUUAUGCACGAGGAGGCGGGCGUGGUGCAUCGCGACCUCAAGCCGGAGAACAUCUUGUAUGCAGAUGACACGCCCGAGGCUCCAGUAAAGAUCAUCGACUUUGGGUUCGCGCGACUGAGGCCUCAGAGCCCGGCGGGGCCCAUGCAGACGCCUUGCUUCACGCUGCAGUAUGCAGCCCCAGAGCUGCUGGCACAGCAGGGCUACGAUGAGUCGUGUGAUCUUUGGAGCCUGGGUGUCAUUUUGUACAUGAUGCUGUCAGGGCAGGUUCCCUUCCAAGGGUCCUCUGGCCAGGGCGGGCAGAGCCAGGCGGCUGAGAUCAUGUGCAAGAUCCGUGAAGGGCGCUUCUCACUGGACGGAGAAGCCUGGCAGGGUGUGUCAGAGGAAGCCAAGGAGCUGGUCCGAGGGCUACUGACAGUGGACCCCGCCAAGCGACUGAAGCUGGAAGGGCUGCGAAGCAGCUCAUGGCUUCAGGACGGCAGUGCGCGCUCUUCUCCUCCGCUUCGGACGCCCGAUGUGCUGGAGUCCUCCGGGCCAGCAGUGCGCUCUGGACUCAACGCCACUUUCAUGGCAUUCAACCGAGGUAAGCGCGAGGGCUUCUUUCUGAAAAGUGUGGAGAAUGCUCCUCUGGCCAAGAGACGCAAGCAGAAGCUUCGGAGCGCAGCUGCCUCCCGCCGCGUCUCCCCAGUGCCUGCCUCCUCGGGUCGCCUACCAGCCCCUGCCACCAAGGGGACAUCCCGCCGAACCAACGGCCCCUUGUCCCCCUCCUAGCUCCCGCCACUGUGUCCCCCUUCCCCUUAGGAGCUGUGAUGGGGAGCCCAGUGCUGCCACCAGACUUGUGCCAGCAGGUUCCCACUCUGAUUUCCAGGACUUGCCCUCCCCUCCCUACCCAGUCUCAGACAGAGCAGAAGUAUUUUUAUAAGCAGAGAUUUUUUUAAAAAAAUGUCUUACCAGAUAAGAGUUAGGGACACAGGGAAGCAAGUGUUGUGAGCAGAGUGGGGUUUGCCCCCGUCCCCCCUCCCAGGGCCUACUCCACUAAGGAAGGGCAUCCUAUCCCAUUCUUAAGCUCACAGUUGUCAUGGGGAAGAAAUCAGGAGCCCCCCAUCUUGUGCUCCCCUGGGGCCUUGCUCCUGGGAGGGGACAUCUGUCAAUAUGAUGUCGCUUUAUGGACCAUGUGCAAUUAUGUCCACCAAAGACCUGUGUUGGGAACAGGAGAGAGACCCUGGGGGACCUCUAGAGCAUUUCUGAGAUUCAUCACUUGUAUGUCACCGGCUUCUCCCCCAGUGGGGCUAAGGAAGGAGGCAGGUGCUCCCCUACAAGGGGAGCCCCUUUCUCACUCACCUAUUCCCCAUGGGCACAGCUGCUUCUGGCUGCCAGUGGAGCCUUGGGGGUCUGGGCUGGGCAUCCACAGUCACUGCCUCAGCCUCUCUAGGCUGUGCCUUUGACUUUAAAAUAAAACUCCAUCCAGUG